AUGCAGGUCCAUGCACUGUCACAGAUAUCGUCUGUUGGCCUAAUCGAAGAUCACGAGAUCAGCGACAGGAACUCUGACGAUAUCCCCUCCAGUAAACAAACUCCACAGCCCAUCAUGCAUUCCUCCAUCUUCGACCUUAGUGUGAGCAACCUUGCAACCCAGAGUGCCAUGGAAGCCUAUAAUCACGCCAUGCAGGCCUAUACACUAUACCAGAUAUCGUUUCUCAAACCAAGUGAACACCUUGGAAUCGGUGACAGGGACCCUGAUGAUGUCCCCACCACCGGUGUGCUAUGCCAAAGUCAUGGCCCUCCUAUCGCAGUUGAGUUCGAAGAAGCCGCUAGACAAGCUGUCAAUGGUUUAUAA